UAAUAUGGACGACGUUAUGUAUAUAUAAUGUGGUGAACGUUGUGCGUUAACAUGUGAGAGGAAGCCCGUACUGUGGCUCACACUCGGUGCGUUUGAGCUGAAACAUGGCAGCUUUAGCGGUUUCCUUCCUGUUCCUGGUGCUGUUGAUCGGCACCAGCAGCGCAAAAUACGAACCGAACUGGAAAUCCAUCGACUCCAGGCCCCUCCCGGAGUGGUACGACCAGGCGAAGUUCGGCAUCUUCAUCCACUGGGGGGUCUUCUCGGUUCCGAGCUUCGGCAGCGAGUGGUUCUGGUGGUACUGGCAGAAGCAGAAGCUGAAGCCGUACGUGGACUUCAUGCAGAGGAAUUAUCCUCCAGACUUCAAGUAUCAAGACUUUGCAACGCAGUUCACUGCCGAGUUCUUCGAUGCCAAAGAGUGGACGGACAUCUUCGCUUCAUCCGGGGCGAAGUACAUCGUCCUGACCACGAAACACCACGAGGGUUUCACGCUGUGGGGCUCGAAGAACUCGUGGAACUGGAACUCGGUGGACGUCGGGCCGAAGAGAGAUCUAGUGGACGAGGUGGCGAGCGCCCUGCGUACUCACAGCGACCUGCGUUUAGGACUGUACCACUCUCUGUUCGAGUGGUUUAAUCCGCUCUUCCAACAGGACGCUGCCAAUGUCUUCAAGACUAACUACUUCCCGACCAGCAAAACUCUGCCCGAGCUGUACGAGCUCAUCGGGAAGUACAAGCCGGAGCUGCUGUGGUCCGACGGGGACGGAGACGCCCCGGACACGUACUGGAACAGCACGGGCUUCUUAGCCUGGCUCUAUAACGACAGUCCCGUCCGGGACACGGUGGUAACCAACGACCGCUGGGGCUACGGCUCCAUCUGCACCCACGGAGGAUAUUACACCUGCAGCGACCGCUACCAGCCGGGUCACCUGCUCAAACACAAGUGGGAGAACUGCAUGACCCUCGACACCAAGUCCUGGGGCUACAGACGCAACGCCGCACUCAGAGACUACCUCUCCAUCCAGCAGCUCGUAGCGACGCUGGUGGAGACGGUGUCCUGCGGGGGAAACCUGCUGAUGAACAUCGGGCCGACUCACGACGGGAGGAUCCCCCCCAUCAUGGAGGAGCGUCUGAGGCAGAUGGGUCAGUGGCUGCAGGUGAACGGGGCGUCCAUCUACAACACGACGGUGUGGCGAGCUCAGAACGACAGCCUGACCCCCAACGUCUGGUAUACUUUCAGACCGAAGGAAAAGAUCAUCUUUGCCAUUUUACUGGAGUGGCCCAACACCGGAUCUGUGGUUCUGAGUGAACCCGCCGCCACGCACGGACGGACCCAGGUGGAGCUCCUGGGUUACCGGGCCCCUGCGGUGGGAGCUUGGUGGCCCCCGGCGGGCUGCGUGUCCUUCUGCCGCCAGCUCUCCGUCAGCCCGCUGCCUGUCAGCUGUGUGGCUGCACGCUCGCGGCUGACGGGCGCCUCGUGAAGGGACAGAUAAGGAAGCAGCUGCAGCUUAAAUGUCUCUGCUGUCUGAGCUGCUGGUCGUUUCAAACAUUCAGUCUUUUUAAACACACGCAGGGAAAUCAAGAAUAAAUAUUAAUACAUGGUCAUUGUGUUUAUCUCCAGUGGUGGAAACUAAUCUGAGUAUUUGUUUGAUUAUUAACUAAUACAAAAUAUAAACUGAUAAGUUAUGAUACAUUAUUAUGAUUAUGCUACCCAGUAGUAUAAUAUAAGUACAUUUAGUGAAGUUGUACUUCAGUAUUUCCAUUUUAUGAGUAACUUCUACUCCAAAUAUUACUUAUUGCACGACAACAUUAUAAUACAAUAAUAUAUAUUAUAACUUUAGGGAUAUUUGAUACUGUAGUAAAUGUGAGUGCGUCUUCCACCUCUAGUAACUUUGGGAUAUAAGUCAUCUUCAGGCCUGUAAACUGUUUGACCUCUGAUUGUUUUUUUCAUGCAGCACUGGUGUUUUAUAUGUGAAGCAAUGUUUAAAUAAAAUAAAUACAAUCUUCA